AUGUCGCAGUUCACGAUUAAUAUCGCAUACGACAUUCUCUGCUCAGUUGUUGACCAUCCCACAAUGAUCGGUGUUCCUGUCCCAACAGGCAUGCAGUGGGUAAAUUUAGCGACUGAGAUUGCACGACAUCCCCUAGUAGGGCGUAGCGGAGCUCCUUUAGACCUGUACAAGCUUCGCACGCCAGCCGAUGUGAAAGAUCUCGAGCAAGGAUUACAGAUGGGAGGUGUGGAGGGUAUUGCUGACAAAGUCAGGUCUUUCGACCAAGUACCGCAUGACAUGACCCAGUUUCCCCUGGAUAAAGUGCAUGUCAUCGUCGUUGUGGGGCAACAGAGAAAGACAGCCGAAGGGUUUUCCUGGGACAUCCUAUUGCAGACAGAGCUGGCUAAACUGUUACUCGUCGUCAUCGAAAUACCCAACAAAUGGUCGAGGAAUGAUGUUACCAGCAAUGGUGGUGUCUUCCUAGAUAGUAGUUGUUCAGUUCUGCAGGACAUAGUUGUCAAGUUGAAGGCGCAACGGACGUAUCAGGCGAACUAUGACAGCUUCGACUUUCAGAAUGCCAGCCGCCUUCCUCUUUUCUCCCAAUCGUUCAUCUCCGUUUCGGAAUCACACGGGACGGUGAAGGGCGACGACGAAUUCGAGACAUUCUAUCAUGUCCUCCGGCGUUUUAGCGGUGAUGCACCCCUGGUGCGCUCGGACCCCUCCUCGUCCUUGAAAGCAAGCAGUUUCACGGUGUAUUUCAUCCAUUGUCCUUUCUUCUCUGGCAGUAUCCGGAGUGACCCUUUACAGUAUAAGGAACAAUUGUCCUGGCAAUUUCCGAUGUUUGUUACGAGGCGUGACAGUCUCGGUCAUGUGCGAAAGUACCAUCCAAACAGCGAUUUCAGUGUCGUCCUCCGCGAAUUCCGAUGCCCUGUCGUCCUAUCGGAAGUUGUUUCACAGAAGGAUGAAAAUGACCGGCACCGCAUGUUAAUGGAAGCCAUUGUUGUUGCCCGUGUGGGCAAAUAUCUCUUGAAGCCUACUUCUCGGAAGCAGUUCUUUGUGGUAGCAAUUUACCUCACAACUUCUCUGCAAGUGGAGAGGUAUAUCGUGAGCGAAGACUCGUCACCACAGAUUAAUAUCCAGCAGGAAACUUUUGACCUCUGCAAUCCAAGUCGGGCAGCGGAGUUCCUCCGGGAAAUGUACAACUUGAAGCCGUUACUGGAGGAGCUCGCGGCCGAGCUCGAUGAGAAGAAACGCGUCGAUUUGGCGAAGAUCGAGACGGACUCGUCGAAAAUGCUUUCUCUCAAUUCCAGGGGGCCCUGGACGAAACCCCAUUCUAGACUGGAGUCAGUCGCAGAACAUGAUGAAUCAAUGAAUAUCAGUGACGAUACAGGCGUAUUCAAUACCCGUAGUGUCCGUUCCGUUCUCGACAAGGCGAACUGUGAGAUUGACUCUGUUGGAUACGGGCAUCCCCAUGUAGCCCUCGUUGUCCGAAAGGAUGACGGCGCUUCGGCCGGAUUCCUCAAGUUUGUCAAAGACGGAAACCCAGAAGUAGAAAUCAUGCAAUAUCUCUCCCGGAUCGAUUCACCCGCCAACCACACCAUUCGCCCCAUUCGUGUCUGGCCUAUCGAAGGGGGCACGAUCGUCUCAAUGCCCGUUGGAGGCGGCUGGAUCUCUUACCUCGACGAUCUUGAUGCGCGUCUUUGGGGAGCUUCGCAACAACUGUUCGAAGCUGUCGGAUUUAUGCAUGAUCAUGGUGUGGCACACAUGGACCUGAAACCAGGAAAUAUUGUAAUCCCCCCGAUCUACGGAAAUCUGUCCAUCAUUGACUUCAGCAUUGCUGUGCGCGUCAAAGGUCCAGGAGAGAAACUGAUGGGUUACGCAGGCACGAGAGGUUAUACUGCUCCCGAGGUCGGUCGAGUGGCUUAUCGCCCUAUCCGCGCAGACCUGUGGUCGUGUGGUAAAGUGAUUAUGGAGCUUUGUGAGAAUGCGAAGCCGUCCUUCGCUCGUACGUGGCUGUGUGUGGUCAGCAAGCGCCUUAUGGACGACGAUCCAGACAAGAGGCCGAUGAUGGCGGAGAUCCUUCAGGCCAUGUCGAGGGUUGGCCGUGAGAGGGAUGAACUCGAGCGUCAGAUCAGUGGAGUUGUUGAAACCCAGUGA